UGUUAUUCUAUUCGAGCAAUCGAUACCACUGAUAAGUUGGAAACAUUUACCAAAUCGACAGUGGCAAAAGAAGUGCUCCAAAUUGGGACCCAUGUACGUGUCUACUCUCCGGCUUCAUCAACCCUCUCAGUCAUUGAACUUACAAAUGGGCUAAAGCUUGAAGAAUACAUUGAACAUGCCGUAGAGAGACUAGAUCGGCUCUACUUUACUUCGGGCAGGAAUACUGAUAUGGCAUCUUUUUCAUCCAGUAUGAGUUUCCCACGUACAGUACUUGUUCCACAGGAGCGUCAUUUUGAACCCUUCAGUCAUUCGCUAUCAUUAGGUCCACAGCGGAAAAUAUUACCUUCGCGCUGUGGUGUUAGUUCUUUGCAACCAUUGAAACGGCGGUCUACAGAUGUUUUCAACAGCUUAGCUACAAAUCGUUUAACGUCGAUUCCAUCUUCACCUAUAAUGCCGGUUUCAUCGUUAUCAUCAUCAUCAUCGUCAUCAUCACAGUCACACUUCAAAACACCCAAAUUAUAUCCACGGUCAACGGUCAAACUUCCUGAAACACCUGUCAAAGAAAAUCUCUCCCGGAUAUCAUUUGCGCUGUAUAAAAAGCAACGAAAACCAUCAGUUUCAUCGUCUUCUUCUACGAAUUUUGAAAAUGAUUAUUUAAAUAAAUCGCUCACUUCUUGCGAAUCAGAUAGCGACAGUGAAACUUUCGGUAAGUCAGUCAGACAAAAACAGCAAUCAAAAGAACCAUCAGUCGUUAUGGUUCAGCCAUCUCCUCCAUUAUACAAUUCUGACUCGUAUUCUGAAAAUUCUGAUCCACGAUCAUGGUGUUCUCAAAAUGAACAUUAUCUGUUUUGGUUUGAUAUUUGUUGGAAUCGAGUGAAAAUUUUGGCUCGUGAAGAUGACGACUGGAAGGUAUUAUGUGUGGAUACUGGCGAAGAAAAAUUUGUCAAAUAUAAUUCUCGGUUUUAUCGUGUGCCUAAACGGCUAUCAAUCGAGGAAUGGCCUCCAACAUGUUUGGGACCACUUCGUCUUUCUGGUCCAAUGGAUGCACGAUGGUUGGGUAUUGGGGCACGUAUUUUUCUGCGUAGCAUAUGCGAGAAAGCACUACACUUAACGGCUCUGUUCGGUAAAGGUGAAACCGAUCGAAGCAUAAUGCGGUUACCAUUGGAAUUAACCAGGUUGCUACCAUCGGUAUUCGGUUUCCAUUUAUGCGCAAGAGGAAAGGCUUCGUCAGUCUCGCUACUUAGACGACCGCGGUCGUAUCGGAGACGGUUAUUUGAUGCUGCAUUGGAACCUAUGGUACCUAAGGUUCAAAGUAUAUGCCCUUCAUACAAAGCAGUUAUCGAUCGUAUUGAAGAACUGAAAUCUUCUUACUCACCAUAUGACAUGGCAUUAGUGCAUCAUAUUCGAGGAAAAAUCAAAGAUGAAGGCUAUCAAGUUAUGGGUAUUUGUCAUAGGCUCGCUGUAAAAAACCGAACAAAAUGGUUAACUCGGAAUCAGCUACGGUUAAAAGGCCUUGAAUUUCGGGAUUAUGGUAAUCGAAUUAUGAAGAAAGUAGUCGAAGGUACUCCGCUGCAAUCACUCAGUGAUACAAUAUUUGUAGCCACAAACGGUCAACUUUUUGGCAAAGAUAUCAGUGCGAUCAAAGCAGUCAUAACCGAGUGCGAAAAGAUUGAUUGGCUGACACCACUAACUGUUGUUUAUGGAUCUCGAAUAUUAUCGAUGUCGGAAGUGAAAGAAUUGUGUAAAUUGCCAUCACUAGAGGAUCAUCGUGUUCAAACAGUACAGCUCUUAUCUGCACCACCUAACGAACUUAUUUCGACACUUAACUAUCAUAUCAUGGAUACGAUUGGAAUUUUGGAUUCUAUAAAGAGCCAGAAGGAACCAUCAUUAUAA